AUGUUAUAAUAUGAUACAGACUUCGGCAAAAUAUUUUACUGUAUCUAUACACUUCAUAAAAGCCAAUUGAUUAGCAUAGAUCGAAAGUCUAAAUUAAAGGAUAUGCUUAUUACAUUUGAUGAAAAAAUGACUGCCUUAUUAACUAGUCUGCCCAAAUUAAAUGAACACUAAGUUUAAGAACAUCUCCUCAUGAUGGCUGAUUCUCAAUACGAUUCUAACCCAAAUAUUGAUUUCGAAUUAUCAGAAGAAAACUAUUCAAUCAGGUCUUCUCAUACAUUACAGUAAACUAGAGCUGCUAAACCAAAAAAAAUAAUAAUCGAAAAAAGCACUUAUAAAUUAGUUAAUAAAUCAUAAUUUCAAUAUACUGCAAGAUCUUCUAAAAGAACAGCCACCUAAAAACUCACAUGA